AUGACCCACACCUUCCAAAGAGGUGAUAACAUCUUUGUAAAUGGUGACGAUGGCAGCCUGUGGUAUGCUGUGAUCAAGGACAUCAGAGUCCAGCGGUUGAAGAGAAUACAGAAGGCAUGGGUUGAAGUGCAGUGGUACUACAGCAGGAGUGAUAUAGGAGACAAAAACAUGAGAAAAUACGUUGGCAACAAUGAGCUGGUUCUAUCGGAUCACAAUGACAUCAUUGAACCAGAGGCCAUCGUGUCUUGGAAGCUCAUGGAGAGCAUAGCGCCAGCAGACAUCACAUCUUUCAGUGCAGAAAGGGCCCCUUCCAUGCUUGCUCUGUCUGUGAAAAACCAUAUAGCCCAGACAAAGCUGAACAAUGAAACUUGCAAAGGGAAGCACCAGACCCCUGGACAUCACAAAGGAAGUCCUAAAUGGGACAGGUCUCUCACUGCAGGAUAUUCAGAAAGAAAGGAAUUGGAAGAGGCCAGGGUGAUGAUCAGGAGGCUAAAUACUGCAUUGGUAGUGUCAGAUGCUGUGGUAGAACUGAAUAAAGAGCAGCGGUGGGAUCAUGCACCAUCAGAAUGCAUCGUGGACAAAAGCAGCAAACUGGAUCCAAGUGACUUGGAUGGCCAUAAUUACAUCGGUAAAUGUGGGUAUCAGUCCAGCACUGAAGCCCUUGUCCACACUGACUGGGCCACCUUUGCACUUGUUGUGAGCCCACGAUUCAUCUCUACCAGACUCUGA